CUUUGCUUGAUGAACCACAGCCCUGAGCAUACCCAUUGGACCUCCGCUUUAUUCAGGCCCACUCAUCAAUCCACGUCAUCUGCAUAUCUGGCAAGCGAAAAGUGACGCGUUGCAGUCUAGUCGCCAUUGCAAGAGGUUCCGAACGGAGUCCGCCUUCUGCCUCACCUGACCGUGACGCAGGCCACCAGCUAGCCCAGCAAGGAUGAGGCCGCUCACAGACACAGAGACGAAAACGCUCUUCACCAAGCUUUCGCACUACAUUGGAUCCAACAUCGUUCACUUGGUGGAUAAGCCUGAUGACCCGCAUGUAUUCAGGUUGCACAGGGAUAGGGUGUACUACGCUAGCGAGGCUUGCAUGAAAGCGGCUACCUCUAUCGCUAGACCCAAUUUGAUAUCUCUAGGCACUUGCUUUGGCAAGUUUAGCAAGACUGGCAAGUUCAGACUGCAUAUCACCGCUCUGGAUCAUCUCACUCAGUACGCCAAGUACAAAGUGUGGAUCAAACCCAAUGGAGAGCUGCCGUUCCUUUACGGAAAUCAUGUGGUCAAGGCGCACUUGGGUAGAAUCACGGAUGAUACACCCGAGCAUGCAGGAGUGGUAGUGCUGAGCAUGAGCGGGAUGGCGUUGGGCUUCGGAGUGACGGCCAGAUCGACGCUCGACACGCGCAAGAUGGAUCCCACCAGCAUCAUCGUUUUCCACCAAUCCGAUUCUGGUGAAUAUCUUCGAGAUGAAGAUACGCUCUUCUAGGAUGGAUAGAUCCUGUGGGCCCGCCGCUUGCUGCAGCCUAUGUAUUUGUAUGAUGAUCAAAAUCUCAACCCUGGUAGCCCG